AUGGUGGAUAAUGAAAAACGUGAAAAUCUGGCGAAUGCUCGUCGAAAAUUAAAAAAAUUUCGUGAUCAAUACCAACCAAAUGACAGUGAAACUAAUGGUAAUGAUGUUCAUUCUAUCAAUGGAACAUCGAUCGAUUCUACUAUUAGUUACAAUAUUAUGCCGCCAACUGUAACUGAUUUUGUUAAUGAUCAGCAAGCUAUACCUGAUGGAAUUCGUCAGAAUUCAUUGAAAUCACCUGCUAUUGAAUUAGAAUCUGGUCAUUCGAGUCAAACUUCAGUUGAUGUUGAAGAAAAACUGCGUCGUGAUAUAAAACAGAUGCAAGAACAGCUUGAAAUUCAUGUACAAACCAUUGGAAUCUUAGUAGCAGAAAAAACUGAUGUAUCAGCUAAGUUAAAUCAAUCAUUUAAGCAACUUGAACGUAAACAAAGCGAAAUGGAUGAAUUAUAUGGACGUUUAAAAGCAUCACGUGAACGUGUACAAGAACUUGAAAAACAAAUACAAUAUUCAACAUCAAAUGUACAAAAACGAGAAAUGGCAGCUAAGGAAUCUGAUAAAGAAAAUGAUCGAUUAAAAAUCGAAAAUAUUCGACAAAGUCAAUUAAUUGAAGAUUUAAAACAAAAUAUCAGUGAACUUAAUGAAAAAAUUCAUAAUCGACAAAUUAUUAGUGAUCAGUUGAAUAAUGAACUAGAACAAUUAAAUAAACAAUUUCAAUCAACUAACGACAAAUCAAUGAUAGAACAAGAAAUCAAUGAAUUACAACAAACAAUUGAGCUUAAAAAUAAUCAAAUAGACGAAAUUAAUCAAUUAAUUGAAAAAAAUAAUAUUUUACAAAAUGAACAUGAUAUGAUGAAAAAGACUUAUGAAAUGAAACUAUCUGAUCAUAGUUUAAUACUUGAUCAUGAUAGUCUUCAACAAGAAAAUGAUUUAUUUCGAAAUGCUAUUGAUCAAUGGUCAAAUCGAUAUGAAGAAUUAAAAGCCAAAUUAGAACAAAUGACUAAAUUAUUAACUGAAAAAGACGCACUUAUUGUUGAACUUAAAACAAAUGUUAAGAACUCAAAAAAUCAAUCUGACAAAAAUCAAUUAAUUGAACUUGAUGAGCGAUUUAUUAAUAUGUCUAAUGAAAAUAUUAACUUAAAAACUCAAAUUGAAACAGUUGAAUAUUUAAAUAAACAAUUAAAUGAACGUCUUGAACAAAUUCAAUCAAAAUCAAAUCAUGAACAAGAAACUCAAACUCAAGACCAACAAUCGAAUAUAUCAUUAUCAUUUGAUUCAAAUGAUCAUAAUCAAUCACAACAACAACUUUUUGAACAUUUAAAUGAAUCAAUACGUGAAAAUACUGAUUUAAAAGAUCGUAUAAAACAUCUUGAACACGUUAUUCUUCAAUUACAAAGUGAAACUGAAACAAUUGGUGAUUAUAUUCAUUUAUAUCAACAACAACGGGAACAACUUCAAAAACGUUAUCAAGAAAAAGAUAUUUAUAUUAAACAAUUAACACAAGAUCAAUAUAAUUUACAAAAAAAAUUAUCAGAAUUAGAAAUAUUACUUGUCCAAAUUUUAAAUAUACCAAUUAGGCACGAUGAUAUUAAUUUAUCUACUCAAUCAGAAUUAAAUGCAAAUAUCAAUCAUCAUAAUCUCACAUGUUCUACAAAUAUCAUAAUGACAUCAUCGAAACAACAUAGUAUGCGACUACCACGAUUCAAAUGUUGGCAUCCAUUAUUACCAACGUUUUCAGCUCGGUUAAUAAUUGCCUUUCGUACUCUUCUAGGAAUUGCUUGUGUUGCCGGAAUUACUCUUUCACCAAUAACAUCUAAUUUCAUACAAGGUCAACUUCUACUCGGUGUUAGUUUUAUAGUUGCAAUAAAAAGUACAGUUGGUGCAACAGUUCAAACAGCUAUUCGUUUAUUUCUUGCUGGUGCUAUUUCUGCUAUAUAUUGUCUUUUCAUUAUUAAUUAUUGUCCACGUAAUAUUUAUUAUGGUGUUGCUGCAACAAAUGUUCUUGUUCUUCUUAUUGUUUAUACUGAUUUACCAAUAAUUGUUCGUCGUUUUUCAAUUGUACCAACAUGUAUUAUACUUUUACAAUGGUUUGGUAAACCAGAUAUAAAUAAUUUUUUUGUACUUCAAAUUUGGGCAUCAUUAACAAUUGGUGCUAUAUUAGCUGUUAUUGUAACAUGUAUUCCAUUACCAGCUAUACCAACUGCUUAUCGUGAAUUAACAAUGCGUAUGAGAUUUAUUGUUCGACAAACGCGACGUGAAAUAACAGCUAUUGUUUUACUUAUAUCGGAAUAUCAUAAUAUACAUUUAAGCGAUGAACAUGAUUAUCAAACUAAACGAAAUAACCAAAAAAAAAAUACUUCUGAUGAUAAUGAUGAUGGUACUGAAAUACCAGCAAAUUCUUAUCGUGAAGAUGAUAUUUAUUAUUAUUCAUCGUCACUCGAAGAUUUGAAAGAUGAUCAUUUACUUAUAAGUGAUAUACAAGAUUUACAUUCAUUAGUUAAUGAGGAAUUGAAAAAAAUGCAACGUGCUUUAACUGAAAUUCCAUAUGAACCAUAUUUUAUAUUAUUGAAAUUGCUUAAUCUAAUAAGAAAAUUCUUACGACAUAUUCCAUUUAUUAAAAAAUUCAUCAGAACAAAAUCAACAUUACAAACACGAUUAUCAAUAUGGGCAACAAGUUUUGCUUCUAUACAACGAACAAUAACUGGAUUACUAACAUUAGAUCAUCAUCAUCGUGCAUUUGUUGGUCAACGACAACUAAUUAAUGCAAUAUGUCUUCUUCUUGAUUCAACAUUUAAUUUCUUGGAUUCGACACAUCCAUAUACAACAUCAUCAACGAGUUACUUUAAUACAGUACAAAUAAUUGCUUGUCGGACAAAAGUUGAAGAAGCACUUGAAGAUUUUUUUGAAACAUAUACACAAGUACGUGAAAAUCCAAGUCAUUCUUCUAUAUCAAAUACGGAUGCAGUUCGUUUAAAUACAUUUCUUCUACUUAUUUUACGUCUUGUUCAUGCAACUAUAACUGCUGCUGAAACAAGUCAAACUCCCGGUGCUCAUCUUGAUACUGGUCCAAGUCCAACAGCAAAUAUACCGAAAUCAAAAAAACCAUUUAACUGGAAAAAACGGUUUUAUAAUCUUGCUGUUUAUAUUGGCAUAAGACCAUCAUUUGGUAAAUUAGUACGCUCAAUAAAAACAAGUUUAAGUGUACUUGUGUCUGCUAUUUUUGUCUUCUCAUUACGUGAACGUUUACAAGCAGAUGAUUGGAUUUAUUGGGCACCGAUGACAACAGCACUUGUUUCCGAUUCAUCUGAAGGUGGUACACUUCGUCUAUCAUUUCAACGUUUAAUGGCCGUCUUACUUGGUUCAACUUACGCAUAUAUUAUUGUACUUGUCACACAAAAUCAUCUUGCUGUUGGAAUAUGUAUUUCUUUAUUUGUUGGAUUAAUGGGAUAUGUUAAAACAGAUCUAAGCAAAGAAUAUUUUGCUAGUGUCUGUGCACAAUCAGCAUCAAUAAUAACGUUUCUUUCUAAUCAACAAGGACAAAUGAAUGCAUCAAAUAAAGCUGUUUUAGCUCGAACAAGUUUAACAUUUUUAGGAAUAUUUAUACAUGUUUUUAUUUCUAAUCUUUUUCUACCAAUAACAGCUCGUUCAUUAAUUAAAAAAAAGGUAUCAGUUAUGAUUAAAAAUAUAUCUGCGGCAUUAAAAUCGUCAAGUAAUGAUUUUUGUGCAUUCAUUGGUCCAUCAGGAACACAUAAAAAAAAUAUAUCACCAAAUAAAACACCAUCUAAUUUAAUGAAGAUUCUAGGAGAAACCGAAUGUAUUGCAGAUAGUUUCCCCGCUUUACUUGAAGAGGCAUUAAAUGAACCAAGUUUUUGGAAACGACCAUUUAUACAUGUGAAAGAUCGUUAUAAUGAUAUAGCCAAAUCUUUACGUCGAAUAAGUGUUGACAUUCGUUUUGUUCAUCGAUGUACAACAAUACUUGAAGCUGAAUCAAAAUUACAUUUUGCACAAGAAGCAAAAUGGCAAACGCGUCGAUCUAGUUAUGUUCAUAUAAAUAAUGGUAUUGAUUCAAAUCCAUCUCAUUCUUGGACUUUAACAGACAUCCGUAAAGAACGAGAAUUACAAAAUGAUCUUGAUAUACCUUUAACCAUUUUUAUGACCUAUUCUACACAUUCAACACCAAGAUUUGGACAAAAAACUCUUAUAUCAAAUAAUUCAUCAGCUUCACUUCGUUUAACUCAUAUAACAUUAUAUCAACCUGUACUUGAACAUAUUUUUAUGCUUGAAAAUCAUAUUCAAAAAGUUUUAUCUUUAACAGAACAAUUAAUUGAAACACAAGCAGCUGUUGAUGUUGGUUCAUUUGAAUUACAACAAUUAUGUCGUGAAGAUUCAUAUGAUGAACAACAAAUGAAACUUUUAAAAACUCAAAGAACAUUAAUUCGUGAUCCAUCUUGUUAUGCUGUACCACAAUUUGAAGCAUUGCCAAUAGUUACAAAACAUUAUAAUUUUUUUUCUUGUUGUAAUAAUUCACAAGAAGAUCAUGAACCAUUACCAUCAUUACGUAAUGCUGUUGAUUUAAUGUUUGCAUCAUUAAUACAAUUUCUUUAUGCUAACAAUCGUUUUAUUCGUACAGAAUUUGUAUCAAAUCAAUCGAUUGGUGAUGUUUUAGCAUUUCAUACGUUAUCAUAUGCAUUAAGAGAUAUGGUUGAAGCAACAACAGAUUUAGCGAAAAAUGCUCGACGUAUUAAACAUAUUGAUACGCGAGCAUUAAUACGAACAGAACAAGAAUACAAAUUUCCAUAA